AUGGUGCUCAUCAGAUCCCGCUCUAUUGUAAAUAACGACAUCAAUUCUAUUGGUAGCGAUAUCCCUUUUAAAGUAAGCCAUUCAACGAUUACAACAAACUUAACAAAUCCAGUUAUAAAUUGUGUUCCAGGUGGUCAGAACAUGUUCCCUCCCGAGCGUAACCACUUCUCUGAAUACUUAUAAGACUUACUGGCCCUCCUAUCGUCAGCCAGUUUCUUAUGCUCAUCGAUAUUACACUAGUCACAGUUAUGUAAGCCCUCUUUUCUCUUUAUUCCUCCUUAGUAUGAUGACUAUUGGUACAACAAAUACCGUUACAUAACCCCUUACUGGUCCUUUUAUCGAGCCAAACCGAGUUAUUUCCAUGUUCCAUCCUACUGUUCCUACGGUUAUAUGAACGCAGUGUAAGUCGGCCGAUGCGGAAUGUUGUGUAAUAUGAAUAAUUUUAGUUAUGAUUACCGUCCCUUUUCUCCCAACAGUUACUACACUCCCUUCAGAUGCUUCAGAAUUUCAAGUUUCCAUUAA